UUUAGUUGGUGGCGGUGCGGCGAGGGUUCGGCCGCGGCUAUAUCUGCGAGAAGGGAAGGCGAUUUCUUUCGGGUUUGAAGGCAUUCUUCGGCUCGGUUUGGUUUGUGGCAGUCUAUUAUUGAUCUGAUCUGAGGUUUAAUUUACUUGGAUAACUGCGAAUCUGGUUCGGUGAUAGGGUUUUUGUCGAUUUGGUGACGGAAAAUCUAGCUGAAGUGCAUCGGAGGACGCUCGGGAUUUGGUGUUAGGGUUUUGCGAAAUGGACGCUAGAGAGCCUCCGAGAGUGAGCUCUUCGCAGCCCAGUGUAGUGGUGGGUUCCGGCUCUUUUGGAGCCGGGGCGACCAACAGUCCGAUGGUGGGGCCAAAUUCUGCUGGGAUGAUGCAGGAGGGCAUGCGACUUUCGUUCAACCCCAUGCCUUCAGCUGUGACGAAGACGGUGGAUAUGACUGCUUCUCUGUACCAAGGUGAUGGUUUCUCUGGAAUGAGGCCAGGUGGCAUAUUUAACGUGGGCGAGCCAGUGAAGAAGAAGAGAGGAAGACCAAGAAAAUAUGGACCAGAUGGUAGCAUGGCUUUGGCCUUAACUCCGCCGUCUUCAGCUUCUGGGUACUCUAAUAAUCCAGCUGAUCCAGCAGCUAAGCGUCGAGGCCGCCCUCCUGGUUCGGGCAAGAAGCAACAACUUGAUGCGUUGGGUGCACCAGGGAUCGGCUUUACCCCUCAUGUUAUUACUGUUAAAGUUGGAGAGGAUAUAGCUUCAAAAAUAAUGGCCUUUUCACAGCAAGGACCUCGGACAGUCUGUAUUCUGUCAGCAAAUGGUGCUGUCUCUGAUGUAACACUUCGGCAGCCAGCAAUUUCUGGUGGAACUGUAACUUAUGAGGGACGCUUUGAGAUUAUCUCUUUAUCAGGUUCUUUUCUACUCACAGAAGAUGGUAGCACUCGUAGCAGAAGUGGUGGCCUAAGUGUCGCACUAGCAGGAUCUGAUGGCCGCAUUCUUGGCGGUGGGGUUGCUGGAAUGCUUGUGGCAGCAACACCUGUGCAGGUUGUGGUUGGGAGCUUCAUUGCAGAAGGGAAAAAGCCAAAGCCAGAGCCAUUGAGGUGGGAACCCUCGUCAGCCCCACCACAGAUGCCUGGCUUUGGAGCAGCAGUAACAGCCAGCCCACCAUCUGAAGGGACAUCAAGUGAAUCUUCUGAGGAUCCCGGGAGCCCCACAAAUCAGAGCGUUGGCACCUGCAACAACUCUGGUCAGCAUGUUCAACCUGCAUAUCCACCUGUCAGCUGGUCGCACUCUGCAAAUCUAAAUGGCAUGAAUCUGACAUGAACGUGAUGCAUAAUUAACAAAGUCAUGUUGUAUGUGUUACUAUUAUGUAUUUGUUUGAAGGAGAAAGCACCGGGAGUUGGAUCACUGUAAUGUUAGUUGCCUCGAAUUACUACCGUACCUUUUGAGUUGGAUCACUGUAAUGUUAGUUGCCUCGAAUUACUACCGUACCUUUUUAAGUGUGCCUCUUAGGGACAUUUUGAGGCACGUCACAGAUGGUUCUGACGAUCCCAGGUUUAUGUCGUUAGAUCACUCCUGGUCUGAAUCAUUUGUUUGUCUACUACUUUGAAUCUCUAUUUAUUUUGUUUACUAAGAAUU